AUGGUUGCAAUCAAGCAGGCUUCUUUGCUCUCCACCCUCCCUCUUCUCCUGGCUGUUUCCAGUCAGGCCCUUGCCUCUCAGGAGUCGGGAGACCUUGUCUCCCGAGACGAAGGCGCCGUCUAUGAGCGCGCCUACGACGAGGAGCUUUACGAACGGGACUUCGAUGAUGAACUCUACGAGCGCGACUUCGAUGACGAGCUUGACGAACGUGACUUCGACGAUGAGCUCGACGAGCGUGACUUCGACGAGGAGCUCGAAGAACGUGACUUUGACGAUGAGCUCUACGAGCGCGAUGAGGACGAUCUCUUCGAGCGUGACGAGUAUGAUCUCUACCUGGAGCCGCGAGGCGGCAUCCUUUCCAAGCCUAAGAAGGAGAAGCCCAAGAUCAGCAAGCCCACCCUCCAGGGCGGCACCAACCCUGUUGCCAUGAAGGAUAAGGACCUCAAGUCCAGCAAGAACCGCCACUCCUCUACAUCCAUGGAGGUGCCCAUCAAGUUGGUUACCUCUCGGCCACGUUCUUUGUAUGCUCGAGGCGGCAUCCUUUCCAAGCCCAAGAAGGCGGAGAAGCCUAAGAUCAGCAAGCCUACCCUCCAGGGCGGCACCAACCCUGUUGCUAUGAAGGAUAAGGAUCUCAAGUCCAGUAAGAACCGCCACUCUUCCACAUCCAUGGAGGUGCCCAUUAAGUUGGUUACCUCUCGCCCUCGUUCUUUGUAUGCUCGAGGUGGCAUCCUUUCCAAGCCCAAGAAGGCGGAGAAGCCUAAGAUUAGCAAGCCUACCCUCCAGGGCGGCACCAACCCUGUCGCGAUGAAGGACAAGGAUCUCAAAUCAAGCAAGAACCGCCACUCUUCCACAUCCAUGGAGGUGCCCAUCAAGCUGGUUACCUCCCGCCCACGUUCUCUGUGGGCUCGUGGCGGUAUCCUUUCCAAGCCCAAGAAGGCGGAGAAGCCCAAGAUCAGCAAGCCUAAGCUCCAGGGCGGUACCAACCCGGUCGCGAUGAAGGACAAGGACCUCAAGUCCAGCAAGAACCGCCACUCAUCCGGAUCAAUGGAGGUGCCCAUUAAGUUGGUUACCUCUCGCCCGCGUGCUGUUCUGCAGCGUCGGGGCGGCGUUCUGUCCAAGCCUAAGAAGGCGGAGAAGCCCAAGAUUAGCAAGCCUACCCUCCAGGGCGGCACCAACCCCGUCGCCAUGAAGGAUAAGGACCUCAAGUCUAGCAACCGCCACUCUGCCACGUCCAUGGAGGUCCCCAUAAAGCUUGUCAAAUCUCGCCACUAA